CCAAAAACUGCAGGCAUCUCUUUCGCCUAACCGGUUGCUAGUGGUUGUUACUAGACGCCCAAAAUAGCAACCGGAAGUCAUUAUCUUUUAGCGUGGCGGCGGCGGACAGCAUCAAUAAACCGGUUAAUGCAACUUCUGAGGAUCGCAUGGGAAACGAGUAUGAAGAACAUUAUUAUGCUGUCUCUGCUCCUGAUCACCACGCAACACAAGGCGUCUGCAUCUAAAAGUGUCACAGCAAGUCUAAAAGCCAAGUGGCAGGCGACACCCUUUCUUUUGGAGACCAGUGAGUUUAUCGGAGAGGACGGCAAUGAGAAAUUCUGGCAGUUUGUUGACACCGUGAAGGAGCUCACUGUGUACAAGCAAGGAGAGUCUGUCCGCUCAUACUACAAUUUAAUAAUCAAGAAAGCCAACCAGUUCCUGACGGAUCUUCAAGUGAGCCUGCUGAGAUACGCUCUCUCCUUGCGCUUCUACUCACCAGCUGUCCACGCUUUCCAGCAGAUAGCCAGCCAUGAACCUCCUCCGAAGGCCUGUACCGCCUUUGUCUCCAUUCAUAGCCAGCAUAGCUGCAACACAAAAGACAUAAAGAAGCUCCUAAAGGCAGCUGCAGGCAGGCCCAAACCGUAUUUGUACAAGAGUGAUCACAUAUAUCCAGGUGCUAAUAAAACAGAUGUUCCCGUCGCAAUCCUGUACGCCGAGAUCGGAACCAAGAAGUUCAGCACCUUUCACACCGUGCUGUCAGAGAAGGCUGAUGGGGGUGCGCUUACAUACGUACUGCGGCAUUUUGUGGCGAACCCAAAGCAGCAGAUGAUGCUUUUGUCUGGCUAUGGCGUGGAGUUAGCCAUCAAAAGCACAGAAUACAAAGCAGUCGACGACACCAAAGUCAAAGAUUCAAAGACAACCAUUAAUGCAGAGGAUGAUGGAACUGAUGAAGUGCAAGGAUUCGUUUUUGGAACGUUAAAGAACUCUCACCCUGAUCUCCAAGAUCAGCUUGGUGAACUCCGUAAGCAUCUUGUGGACAGCACCAAUGACAUGGCCCCUCUCAAAGUGUGGGAGCUGCAAGACUUAAGCUUCCAAGCGGCUGCUAGAAUCCUGUCCGUGCCAAAGUUUGAUGUUUUGAAGCUCAUGCGAGACCUCAGUCAAAAUUUUCCAGCGAAGGCAAGAUCACUGACAAGAGUGGCCGUAAAGAAGGAGAUGAGAAAAGAAAUUGAGGAGAACCAAAAGCAUCUCAGUGAGACAAUUGGUGUUCAUCCAGGAGACGGAGAGCUCUUUAUCAACGGUCUGCAUAUUGAUCUGGACAUUCACAACCCUUUCAGCAUUUUAGAGAUCCUCAGAGGCGAGGCCAGGGUAUUGGAGGGUCUUCACAACUUAGGUGUAAAAGGAGGAGAGCAUCAGAGCACACUGCUGAAAUUACCUGUGAACCACGUGGCGGACAGCUAUGCCUUGGAUAUCAGACAUCCAGCUAUAAUGUGGAUGAAUGACGUUGAGAAUGAUCCAGUUUACAGCAGCUGGCCGGCAAGUGUACAGGAGCUGUUGAGAACCACCUUUCCGGGAGUCAUCCGACAGAUCAGACGGAAUCUUUUCAACUUGGUGCUAUUCCUUGAUCCGACAGAGGAGAAAAGUGUUGAGCUGGUAAAACUUGCCCAACUCUUCUACAAACACAAGAUCCCCCUGAGAAUUGGAUAUGUGUUUGUUGUCAACGGUGGAGAUGAGAUUGAUGGCUUCUCGGAUGCAGGGGUCGGCUUUUACCGACUCCUGAAUUACAUCACAGACGAGUAUGAUUUAUCCCAGGCGCUGAUAUCUAUGGCUUCAUUGUACAACAGACUCGAUGAAGGGGAGACAUUGACGACUGACACAAUUUCUGCCUUCUUGAAGAGUAAAUUCCCUAAAGCCAACGCUGAAAGGAUCCUAGGUGCAGAAUCGGAAUAUGAUGCCAAAAGGAAGGAUGGCGCCUUCUUCUAUAGAAAGAGUGGCCUAGGUGCCCUUCCUCUGGCUUUAUUUAAUGGAGUCCCACUAAGUUCAGAUGAGAUGGAACCGAAUGAGCUUGAGAGCGUCAUCUUGCAGCGCAUCAUGGACUCCACCACUGCCUUCCAGAGAGCUGUUUUUAUGGGUGAGCUGACGGAGGGGACAUAUGUGGUGGACUACUUAAUGGAGCAGGCUAAUGUCGUACUCAGAAUGAAUCCACUUAUUCUAAAUACGGACCGGAAGUACCUGGACUUCACUGCCACACCAGUUGUCGAUGACUGGGAUGACACAACUAUGUUUUCAUUCUUGGACUCCAAAGACAAGACCGCUGUGAUAGCGAAGAGAAUGAAAUACUUUACAAAUAAUGAUGAGGAUGGGAUGAGUGCUGUUACCAUGUGGAUUGUAGGAGAUUUUGAGAAAGCAUCCGGAAGAAAAGUGUUGCUUGGUGCUCUCAAACAUUUGAGAACCAGCCCUGGAGUGCGUGUGGGGGUGAUAGAUAAUCCCAGUGGAAGGCCCAGCGAAGAUAAGACGGUUCUGUACAGGGCAAUCUGGGCUUCUCUCCUCACGCAGAAGAAUAAAGUUGCAGCCGAGUUUGUGCGAAAACUUCUGAGGGAGCAAAGUAACCAACUCCUCCAGCAGGGGACCAAGAUGAAGGACUUGCUGCUGCAGGGCAUGGAUACAGAUGUCUUUGAGAAGAAGUUCAACACUCUUGAAGUGAAUUUUGUCCGCAGUCAGCAACUCUUCUGCCGGGACGUCCUAAAACUGAGUGGCGGACAGGGGGCAGUCAUCAGCAAUGGCAGGAUCCUCGGGCCACUCGAGGAGCAAGAGGAAUUCACGGAGGAGGAUUUCCAGUUGCUGGAAAAGAUCACUCGAAGCGGCUCCGCAGAGAAAGUCAAAGCCCAAGUUAAACUGAUGAAAUUGAAGCCAAAGCACUCCAGUGACCUGGUCAUGAAGGUUGAUGCCCUCCUAACUGCAGCCCCGAAGGGAGAAGUCAGAAGGGAUGUGAACUUUCCCCAAAACAUCCACAGUGUGCUCCAGCUCUUGCCACGUGAAAACGAAGUGUUCUAUGAUGUGGUGGCCAUUGUUGACCCACUUACCAGAGCGGCACAGAAGCUGUCCACUCUGCUGAUUGUGCUCAGUCAAGUGGUCAACUUAAAGCUGCGGUUGUUCAUGAAUUGCAGGGCCAAGUUGUCCGAGAUGCCCCUCAAGAGCUUUUACUCCUUUGUGUUAGAGUCUGAUGUCACCUUCCUAGCCAAUGACACUGUGUCUGCUGGCCCCGUGGCCCGCUUCAUAGAGCUCCCAGAAUCUCCCCUACUCACCCUUAACAUGAUCACACCGGAGGGCUGGAUGGUGCAGGCGCUCCGCAGCCCCUACGACUUGGAUAACAUUCACCUCCAGGAGGUGAGCGGGGCUGUAAGCGCAGAGUAUGAGCUGGAGCACAUCUUGCUGGAGGGUCACUGCUUUGACCUGUCAACUGGCCAGCCUCCUCGUGGUCUGCAGUUUACCUUGGGCAUGAGUCGAGACCUGCUCAUGUACGACACCAUCGUUAUGGCUAACCUGGGGUAUUUUCAGCUGAAAGCCAAUCCGGGUGCCUGGACGCUACGACUGCGUAAAGGACGAUCGGAGGACAUCUACCAGAUUAUUUCUCAUGAUGGAACCGAUUCCCCAGCAGACUCGGGUGAUGUCAAUGUGUUGCUGAACAGCUUUCACAGUAAGAUCAUUAAAGUCAGGGUUCAAAAAAAAGCAGACAAGAUGAAUGAAGAUCUUUUAAGUGAAACGAGUGAAAACAAAGGCCUGUGGGACUCAAUAGCAAGGAGAUCUUAUGCAUCCCCAGGAUCCAGACUGCAUUAUUAUGCUGUAAGAGCUAGUCUUGCAAAAAAUAUGUGCUUCUGUAGCAUCGCAGGAGGAGGCUCCAAGAAGAACGAUGAAGAAAAGGAGAAAGACAACGUUCUAAACAUAUUUUCAGUCGCCUCUGGUCAUCUGUACGAGCGCUUUCUGAGGAUCAUGAUGCUGUCCGUCCUUCGCCAUACCAAAACGCCUGUCAAGUUCUGGUUUCUGAAGAAUUACCUCUCACCCUCAUUCAAGGAAACCAUCUCCCACAUGGCGCAGUCGUACGGUUUUAAAUACGAACUUGUGCAGUACAAGUGGCCACGUUGGCUCCACCAGCAGACCGAGAAGCAGCGGAUCAUUUGGGGCUACAAGAUCCUCUUCUUGGAUGUUCUCUUCCCCUUGGCUGUGGACAAGAUCAUCUUUGUGGACGCCGACCAGAUAGUACGGGCCGAUCUGAAGGAGCUGCGAGAUCUGGACCUGGAGGGAGCGCCGUACGGAUACACACCUUUUUGUGCCAGCCGCAAAGAGAUGGACGGCUAUCGAUUCUGGAAAAGCGGCUACUGGGCGUCGCAUUUGGGACACAGGAAGUACCACAUCAGCGCUCUGUACGUGGUCGACCUGAAGAAGUUCCGCAAGAUCGCGGCGGGGGACAGACUGCGAGGCCAGUACCAAGCGCUGAGCCAGGACCCCAACAGUCUGUCAAACCUGGACCAGGACCUGCCCAACAACAUGAUCCACCAGGUGGCCAUCAAGUCUCUUCCUCAGGAGUGGCUGUGGUGCGAGACGUGGUGUGACGACGCCUCCAAAGUCUCGGCGAAAACCAUCGACCUGUGCAAUAACCCCAAGACCAAAGAGCCCAAACUGACGGCGGCGGCGAGGAUCGUGCCCGAGUGGCUCGGCUACGACAACGAGAUCAAACAUCUGCUGGAGACAUUCCGGGAAGACACCGCGACAAAGGGGGCGACGUCAUCGCAACAAAGUAAAGGACACAAGCGUGAUGAACUUUAGCGUAUCCGAAUCUUCGCCGGAUGCCUGUUUUUUUUUUUUUUGUGAAGAGACAAACUGAAAGCAUUAAGAACAGGAUUUUUUUGUUAGCAUCAAAUGAGCUAUUGAUGCUAAUUCGAACAUUUUUGUCCAAACUUUUAUUAUGAUUUUUGAUGAAGUGAACCUCGUGACUGAACUUUUGCCAAAUCUCCGGGAGAACAAGCGGGAUCCGUCCAUGCUUUUGGUCAUCAAUAAAUUCUUCCAUGAGUUUACCAAACAUCA